UACAGAGAGCGAGAGAAACAGCGACAAGGCCCCAAAGCAAGCAACUGCCAUAAAUGCAAGCUGCUGCUCCUUCUCUGCAAGGGCAAUGUCUGCUGUGUGGCUACAUGUUGGACAAUGUGGCAAUCAGAUUGGCGAGGAGUGGUGGCAGAUCCUAACCAGUGAGAAGGUGCCGCAUGCAGAGGCUGAUAGACAUCCGUUUUGCUCCCCCGAUGGACAGCUUAGCGCUAUCUGCGUGGACAGCGAACCCAAAGUGGUGAGGAAGCUGCAGAAACGAGUCAGGAGAGGCUCUUUUAGGGAGACCAAUCUUAUCGUGGGGAAGCGAGGAAGAGGCAACAACUGGGCCUAUGGAUACCAUGGCCUGCACUCAGCCAGCGAGAAGAACCUCCUAGAAAGGACGAUGGAGAGUCUGCGGAAGGAGGUCGAGCGCAGAGACUGUUACUGUGGGACGGUGCUUUUCCAUAGCCUCGGCGGCGGUACAGGAGCUGGCCUCAGUUCCCGGCUGUGUGAAGUGAUCCGAGACGAGUACUCCCUGGGUCAGAUCCUGUCAGUGACGGUAGCCCCCCACCAGGCUGGCGAGAGCCCUCUGCAGCACUACAAUGCCUUGCUGUGCCUUUCGUGGCUCCAGAGGCACGUUGACGGCGUCCUCCUGUUCCAGAACGAUGCCGUGCUGAGGAGGACAGCAGCUCUCCUUGCGAAGAAAGCGCCAGUGUCUGACAUGCAGCCCCAGGUCUCCCUCUCCGCCAUGAACACCUACGUUGCUUCCUGCCUUGCUGGGCUGCUUUACCCUCUCAAGGCUUUCACCACAGGAAGUGGGAUCAGCAUGGGGAUGGAACCCGGGGAGCUGCUGAGGUCUGUCUGCCCCGUGCCGACUAUGAAAUUCCUUCACAUUGCUCAAGCCUGCGAGAGGGGGACAGUAUUUUGGGACAGCCUGGCAUCGUCCGUUGUGCAUUCGUUGCCGCGUGCGUCUCACGCAGGACAGCCCCAUUAUAGCACCUCUGUGCUCGCUGUAGCCCACAGCUACCAAGAGGACACCUUUCUUCUGUCCCGUGACUCGGUGCUGAGGAAGUUGAAGCAAGCCUACCGCUGUGUUCCUUGGAAUCCCUUCCCUCUCAGCUGCUGGACAGACUCUCUCAACAUCGUGGAGCCUGGAUGUCACAGUCACUCGCUGACUGUCUGUGCCAACCACAGCAGCUCAGCAGAACUCCUGCAGCAGGUGGUGGCCAGAGCAGAGGCAAUGUACAAGACCAACGCCUACCUCCACUGGUACUGGCGAUACGGCUGCGAGGAGGAGGAUUUCCAGCAGGCCUUCGAGACACUCUGCUCUGUGGCAGACGAUUACAGCCGGCUGGGAGAAUAA